GAGUUCAUCGUCUCCAUCUCCUGCUUGCUCUUGGUAGCUAGCUAGUGGAGAUCGCCGGAGAGGAGAGAGACGACGAGAGAGAGAGAGAGGGGGCAAGAUGGCGGGAGGGUUCUCUGUGUCGGGGUCCGGGGUGGAGUUCGAGGCGAAGAUCACGCCGAUCGUCAUCAUCUCCUGCAUCAUGGCGGCCACCGGCGGCCUCAUGUUCGGCUACGACGUCGGUAUCUCAGGCGGAGUGACAUCGAUGGAUGACUUCCUGCGCGAGUUCUUCCCGACGGUGCUGAAGAAGAAGCACGAGGACAAGGAGAGCAACUACUGCAAGUAUGACAACCAGGGCCUGCAGCUGUUCACCUCGUCGCUGUACCUCGCCGGCCUCACGGCCACCUUCUUCGCCUCCUACACCACUCGCCGGCUCGGCCGCCGCCUCACCAUGCUCAUCGCCGGCGUCUUCUUCAUCGUCGGCGUCAUCUUCAACGGCGCCGCCCAGAACCUCGCCAUGCUCAUAGUCGGCAGGAUCCUGCUCGGCUGUGGCGUCGGCUUUGCCAACCAGGCCGUUCCAUUGUUCCUGUCGGAGAUCGCGCCGACGAGGAUCCGCGGCGGGCUCAACAUCCUCUUCCAGCUCAACGUCACCAUCGGCAUCCUCUUCGCCAACCUCGUCAACUACGGCACCGCCAAGAUCCACCCGUGGGGAUGGCGGCUGUCGCUGUCGCUGGCCGGCAUCCCGGCGGCGCUGCUGACGCUGGGCGCGCUGUUCGUGGUGGACACGCCCAACAGCCUGAUCGAGCGCGGGAGGCUGGAGGAAGGGAAGGCGGUGCUGAGGAAGAUCCGGGGGACGGACAACGUGGAGCCGGAGUUCAACGAGAUCGUGGAGGCGAGCCGCGUGGCGCAGGAGGUGAAGCACCCGUUCCGCAACCUGCUCCAGCGCCGGAACCGGCCGCAGCUGGUGAUCGCCGUGCUGCUGCAGAUAUUCCAGCAGUUCACGGGCAUCAACGCCAUCAUGUUCUACGCGCCCGUGCUGUUCAACACGCUCGGGUUCAAGACCGACGCGUCGCUCUACUCCGCGGUGAUCACGGGGGCCGUGAACGUGCUGUCCACGCUGGUGUCCGUCUACUCGGUGGACAGGGUGGGGAGGCGGAUGCUGCUGCUGGAGGCCGGCGUGCAGAUGUUCCUGUCGCAGGUGGCCAUCGCCGUCGUGCUGGGGAUCAAGGUGACGGACCGGUCGGACAACCUCGGCCACGGGUGGGCGAUCAUGGUGGUGGUGAUGGUGUGCACGUUCGUGUCCUCCUUCGCGUGGUCGUGGGGCCCGCUCGGGUGGCUCAUCCCCAGCGAGACGUUCCCGCUGGAGACGCGGUCGGCGGGGCAGAGCGUCACCGUGUGCGUCAACCUGCUCUUCACCUUCGUCAUCGCGCAGGCGUUCCUCUCCAUGCUCUGCCACCUCAAGUACGCCAUCUUCGCCUUCUUCUCCGCGUGGGUCGUCGUCAUGUCGCUCUUCGUGCUCUUCUUCCUGCCCGAGACCAAGAACAUCCCCAUCGAGGAGAUGACCGAGAGGGUGUGGAAGCAGCACUGGUUCUGGAAGCGCUUCAUGGACGACGCCGACAAACACCACGUCGUCCCCAAUGGCGGGAAGAGCAACGGCGCCACCGUUUAAUUUAGUCGCUGAACUGUUCUAUAUAUAUGUCACUGUCUCACUGAUCAAAUCACGGUUGAGAAACUACACCGAUGCUAUGUAUCAGCUCAUGCGUGGCCAUGUGAGAUUGAUCGAUAAGCAGCUAGCGACGGCAUGCAAACUUAAGGGUAGUGUAGCAAUUUCGGCUCUGUACGUACUGCAAGCAAUGGCGAGUAUUUCAAUUCGGAGUGCUUCUUGAGUUUGUAGUUUGUUGUAUGAGUUGUAUCCUUUUAUGUUUCUCCGAGCAAGCCUGACACGAGUUGGCGCCUCAGUGUAACUUGCAGAACAGAAUGCCAUAUAUCUGCACCUUUUUUUGCCAAAUUUUAA